GCGUGCGUGCUGCUGCCAAGAACCAAUCAGGAAACGCGAUGGUCGCUCGACGGGAAGCGCGGAGCCAGCGACACGUCACUGGGAACCAAUCCGGAGAGGAGGGGCCGGGAAGCGGUUCCGGGGUCGGUGAAAGAUGGCGGUGGGCGACCUGUCCAGGUUUUUGAGACUUUUUCACUCCUUUCUCUUUCCUGGGCUGAUUAUUUGUGGACUUUUAUGUUUUUGUUUGAUCGCUAUUCCUUGGAGCAUCAGAGCAAUGCUACUGAGAAAGAAAAAAUCAGUGUCGGCGUACAGAAAUAAAAAUCAGAUGGUGAUUGCAUUUUUUCAUCCAUACUGCAAUGCUGGCGGUGGAGGGGAGAGAGUUUUGUGGUGUGCCCUAAGAGCUCUGCAGAAAAAGUAUCAUGAAGCAACUUACAUUGUUUAUACUGGUGAUGAGGAUGUCACUGGUGAACAAAUCCUAGAUAAUGCUUUUAGAAGAUUCAACAUCAAAUUAGUCCAUCCAGUGAAGUUUGUGUUUUUAAGAAAACGCUACCUUGUGGAAGCAUCACUCUAUCCUCACUUUACAUUGCUGGGCCAGAGCUUCGGGUCCCUUUUUCUUGGCUGGGAAGCUCUUUGGAACUGUGUGCCUGAUGUUUACAUCGAUUCCAUGGGUUAUGCUUUCACACUACCACUGUUUAAAUAUUUAGGAGGCUGCAAAGUUGGAUGUUAUGUCCACUAUCCCACCAUCAGUACCGAUAUGCUCUCUAUUGUGAGAAAUCAAAAUGCUUCGUUUAACAAUGCAACCUUUAUUACAAGAAAUUAUUUACUCAGCACAUUGAAGCUCUUCUACUAUUAUUUAUUUGCUAUGAUUUAUGGAUUGGUUGGAUCUUGCAGUGAUGUAGUCAUGGUCAAUUCUUCCUGGACUCUAAACCAUAUUCUAUCCCUCUGGAAGGUGCAAAGUUGUUGUAGCAUUGUUUAUCCCCCUUGUGAUGUGAAGACAUUCCUGGACAUUCCGUUACAUGAAGAGCAGAUGGCCUCGGAAGCUAUAGUGGUGUCUGUUGGCCAAUUCAGGCCUGAAAAGAACCACCCUUUGCAGAUCAGAGCUUUUGCAAAGUUGCUGGAAAAGAUGGCUACAGAGCAUCCUUCUUCACUUAAACUCAUCCUAAUUGGAGGUUGUCGUAACAGAGAUGAUGAACAUAGGGUAAAUCAACUUAAAAAGCUUUGUGAAGACCUAGGAGUUCAGGAAAAUGUGGAGUUCCAAAUCAAUAUUCCAUUUGAAGAUGUCAAAUAUUACUUGUCAAGAGCAAUGAUUGGCCUUCACACUAUGUGGAAUGAGCAUUUUGGGAUUGGAGUUGUGGAAUGCAUGGCUGCUGGGACAGUUAUUCUGGCUCACAAUUCAGGAGGCCCCAAGCUCGAUAUUGUUGUACCUUAUGAAGGCAACAGAACCGGAUUCCUGGCAGAAAGUGAAGAAGAGUAUGCCGAAACUAUGGCUCAUAUUCUUUCUAUGUCUCCCGAAAAGAGGCUUCAAAUAAGGAAGAAUGCUCGUCAGUCUGUAAGCAGAUUUUCUGAUCAAGAAUUCGAAGUGACAUUCCUAGCAUCUGUGGAGAAGUUAUGUUCUCUAACUAAACAUCAUUAAAUGCCUUUAAAUGUAAAUAUUUUUCUAAACUUUCAUUCCCUAUCUUAAUAAAGUCACCCCAAGCAAGUCCUCAAGUAUGUUUACUGCCAUGGAUAUUUAUUUGAGUUUGUGAAGAAAAGGAAAUUUAUCUAAAGUACACAUCUUUUGUUUAAAAUGAACUGUCUUAUGAGAAAAAAAUCUAAAUUUUUGGCUUAGUUUAUGGCCAGAAAUUUUAUAGUUUCCUUUGAAAAAAUGUUUCAAAAAGGUACUAAGAAGAAAUAUUUCAUUAGCUAAAAUUCUGCAGUUUUGGUGUAAUGAGCAUUUAACAUAUUUUCCAAUUCACCAUCAUUGUACACACACACACACACACACACACACACACACCACACACACACGAUUUAGAGAGAGAGUUUGACUUCCUAAUUCUUGACCAGUGAUUUGUGUAAUUAUAGAAUUUGAGUUGGAAGGAACCCUUCUAGCCUCCCUUAAAAAAAAUGCUCUACAACAGUGGUAUAAAAUUUAGAUAGAAAUGGAUCCCUAGAGCUGUAUAUUGACUUAGAAAACUACAAAUUAAUAUUAUCUACCUCAAAUUGCACAUUUCCCAAUUAAAUUUUAAUCUGGGUCCUGCCACUUGCAGAGGAGUUUGACACUUCUGCUGUACAAUAUACUCCAGUGAUUGUCCAGGCUCCACUUAAAGACCAGUGAGAAGAACCCAUGGCAGUCCAUUCAUUCUACCUCUGGAGAUCUCCAAUGGUGAGGGACAUUUCCAGAUUCAAGCCAAAAUUGCCUCUUUGUAGCUUCCAGCCAUUACUCCUGCUUUUCUUGUCCCUCUCCUAUAAGAUAGCCUUUAAUGUCCUUGAAUGUGGCUCUCAUCCUGCCUCUAGUCUUCUCUUCUCCAGGUUAAACAUCUCCAGUAUCUUCAGCUGCUCCUUUAUGACAUGUACUUGAGAUCUUGCCCAUCUUGGCUGCCUUCCUCUACAUGGGGCUUCUUCACCUUUUUAGUGUCCUGGACCCCUCUGGCAGUCUAGUGAAGCUCAUGGACUCAGAAUCAUGUUUUUAAGUGUGUAAAAUACAGGACAGAGAAUGAUGAAGGAAAUUGAUUAUAUUGAAAUACAGUCAUCAAUUUCAUGGACCCCGGGUCAAGAACCAGAUACUCUAUGUAAACUCCAACUUAUCAGUGCCUUCUAAAACUAAGGUUCUGAGAACUGAACGCUGAAGAAUGUGUUCCAACCAGGGCAGAGUAAAAGAGGGAAGGGAAGGGAGUAAGCAUUUAUUACAUGUGUGUUCAGUGCUUCACAUAUAUUGAUCUUAUUUGAUCCUCACAACAAUUCUAGGAAGUAGGUGCCAGAAGUGGUGACUUUCCCAGGAUCACACAAGUAGUAAGAGGUGCCCGAGGUGGAUUUGAACUUGGGUCUGUCACCUUAUUCCUGGAAGUUUUGCUUCUCUUAAUGUAGGCCAGCCAUCACAUCACACUUCAGAUUCAUGUUUUGCUCUCAGCCCACUAAAACACAGAUCUUUUUGAGACAAACUGUUUCUAAUCAUACACCACUCCCAUUCACUCUCUCUGAAGUUGGUCUUUUGAACCCAUGUGCAACAUAAGACUUCACAUUCUUCCCUAUUGAAUUUCAUCUGAUUAGAUUCAUCCCAAUCCUCUACCCUGUUAAGAUGUUGAACAGCAGAGCUAACUGCUGGUCCCUGGGAUGCUCCGCUAGCAAGCUGCCAAGAUGACAUUGAAUCAUUAGCAACUACUCUCUGAAUCAGGCCAUUCAACAUAAUCCUUUUUACUCCCUAGGAAUCUCCCAAGAAGCCACUUUCUUGAUGAACAGCAGAUGAUGUCCUCCAGGAGCCCUGGAGCUCCAGCCUCAGAGACCCUGCUGCCUUGUUUGGCAAGUGCCUCACUGGGCCCACUUCUUUCUGGCAGGCUACUGCCAAGCUUCAUGUUAAUCCCUACUCCCCCAGAAAUGCCACUGCAUUUCCCUCUCUCCAGCUCUGGAAUCAUAAAUUAAUACUGUUGUUGCCCCUGAAAAGAUCAGCUAAUGGGGACAAAAUGAGCAGAGGACCUUAGGUUCUAGUUCUAUUAUCUCUGUGAUCUUUUUAGAACUGAGGUUUCUCAUUUGAAUGAAAGGGCCAGUCUAAAUAAUCACCAGUGUCUCUUCCAACUCUAGACUAAUUAUUCUACCUUUUCUAAGUUUGCGUAUUGUCUCCAAAAAAGUCUCAAAAGUUAUCUUCGCUGUGUUAAACACUGGGUUUUUCAUACCCCUUUGCCAGUUUGCAAUUCUGCCCCCAAAGCAUAAUGCAAGUCCUUUGGGCUCUAAGGUGAUGCCAAGACCUACAGCAAUGACUGAAGUCCAGCAGACUCUCCCUUGGAUUUCAGAAGGUGACCAAGCUAGAAAGGUUUACAGCAGCACAGUAUACUGUACAACACCCCACACCACCAUCUGACACCGUAGAAGGUAGGAUACAGGUUAAAAAAUGUUAAGAAGGCUAGACUUCAAGGUGGAGGUGGCAACUAUCAUGCUAGGAAGCAGUUGUGGCUAGCAAAAGACGGUCAGAUCAGCAGAGGACUAGAUGGAAGAGGAAGUGUAAAGUAGGAAAAAAUCAAGGAUGAUACAUAUAUACAUAUAUAUAUAUAAAGAGAGAGUAGUUGAUGUUAAGAUCACAGAGAUGAUAAAGGGAAAACCUGGAACUAGAUCCCAGGGUCUUUGGACUCAUACAGUGCUUAUCUUAACCUAUUAGCUAUUUUUUAAUCAUUGUUUGCCUCUUUAGCUUAACCAGGGAUGAAAGCAGGAAGGAAGGGAGUAGCCUCCUAGAAUUUGGAAAAAAAAACUGUAUAAAACAAAAAGGAAAUCAAUUCUUUCAUAUAGCAUAAAAGUAAUUUACCAAGAAAAUGUGUAUGCCUGCCUCCAGUGAGUUUCUUUAAACAUUAUAAAAUAAAUUGUCAUAAAUGCUGAUAUUCAAAGUACCUAACAUCAUAUUCUAGUUAUGUCUUUACAGGGGAUGGAAGGCCCUGUGACUUUAUCAGCUUCUCUAAAUUUUCUAUGUGAACAACCUAAGUAGAUGACAUUUGUGCAUUUAAUUUUUUUUACUUCAUUCAUGUUAUUUUAUUAGUUAACUUCAUUUUCACUUUCAUGUUGGCAAUCUUGUACAUUUGUAGCUAUGCACAGUAGAGAAAAAAGAGGCACAAUACAUGGAAGUUUGUGGAGUGGUUGGUACUUUACCAAGUAUUACACUGGUCUUUUUCAUCUUCCCAUUGAAGAGUCAAGCACAUUUUCAUUAUUUACCUUUAAAACUCAAGUUUUGUUUUGCAAUUCGGUCCCCAAGCAUAAUGGAAGUCCUUUGGACUCUAAGGUAAUGUCAAAGCCUCACCGGGCUCACUGUCUUCCAACAGCAAGGAAUAAAGUCCCAACAACCUCUCCCUUGGUUUUCAGAAGGUGGCUGAGGUAGAGAGGUUUACAGCAGUAUAUAGUAUGCAGUACAAUGCCCUCACACCACCAUUUGACACAAGAUAAAAGUAAGAUUCAGGUUUAAAAAUGUUCUAAGAAUUUUAUUUGCUGUACAGUAUUUAUAGUAUUGUGGAUUUCAUGUGUUGUGAAAAGUGAAUAUUGUCAGAAAUCAAUGCUUUUUUUUAAAUUUAGAUGUUAGCACAAAAGGUCUCAAUUCUAGGAAAUUACUAGUGAGAAAAAAUGUUUAGUGUGCUACCAAUUUUAUUUUGUGUACUACAUUUUAUGCUUAUUUCAUGGUUAUUGUAUGAGGGAAAAUGCAUAUUAUCAGAAUUAAUGUUUUGUUAUGAAGAAUUGUAUGCAGAAAAGUGUAUUUUCAGCAAUCUAUAGCUCUUAUUUCUAAAUGUGAAUAACAAAGUAAGUCAACUUUGUUCUUUGUGCAGUUGUUUUCUGCAGCUUCUGCCUCUAAAGGUACUUUUAGAAGUUGAUUUUCACCUUUAUAACUGUAUCAUUAUAUAGCGAUCACAACUAGUGGCAUAUUUGCCUCUCCCCCUCCCUACAUAUCCUAAAAGUAUUACAAAUAUCUAUAAUAACUUAUUUAAAAGAAUUCCAAGAUCAAGAAAUCAAAUAAAGGCAUGAUAUUUUUUU